UUCUGUUAGGUGUUGUUCUGACAUGAAGUAAACUGACUUGUUUGACCGACAGCUAGCAACCAACUUAGUCUCGGAUCAGUUUGUAUUCACCAAUGUACAUCUUCAACAGAGGAGCGUAUUUGAAACUGUUUUCACGCAGGAUUUUCUUUAAAUUGUUAAACCAUGAUUUGGUGUCAAGUAAACCAAGUGAAGCAGCAGCAGCAGCAGUGGCGGUUCUGCCAGGGUGGAGCUCCACAAGAGGCUACCUCAGCAUCAUCCCCAGGACCAGGUACCCCAAUGCCCACGUGGUGGACCUCCGCACCGACUCAGUGACCAAGCCCGGGCCUGCAAUGCGCCAGGCCAUGGCAGAGGCUGCUGUCAGAAGUGACCUGAUCAUAGAGGACCCGAUAGUUUAUGAGCUGCAGAAAACUGCAGCGGAUAUGUUUGGGAUGGAGGCCGCGCUCUUUGUACCCAGUGGAUCCAUGGGAAACCUUGUUGCAAUAAUGUCCCACUGCUUGGAGCGAGGCAGCGAGAUGAUUGUGGGCGACCUGUCCCAUGUGCACCUUUUGGAGCAAGGAUCAAGCGCACAGGUGGCUGGUGUCCACACCACCACAAUGACGACGCUCCCUAAUGGAACAUUUGACUUGGACGAGCUGGAAUCAAAGAUCCGUCAUGGUGACCAUCACCCAUCGUCCGCCCGCUCACGCCUCAUAUGUCUGGAGAACACACACAACAUACAGGGAGGACGUGUGUUGCCUCUGACCUUCUUGCAGGAGGUUCGUGCUUUAGCGGACAGAUAUGGUCUGUCAGUUCACAUGGACGGAGCCAGGCUGUUGAACGCUGCUGUGGCCCAGGGGGUGCCUCCACACACAAUACUGCAAUACUCACAUUCCGUCAGUAUGUGCCUUAACAAGGGUCUGGGGGCUCCUGUGGGUUCCAUGGUGGCUGGAUCCCAAGACUUCAUCACCCGAGUGAUUCGGUCGCUUUACGCACUGGGUGGACGGAUGGGCCAGAUUGGUGUACUAGCAGCAGCAGGAAAAGUGUCUUUGCUGGAUAUGGCGGGCCGACUGAAGGAGGAUCACUGCAACGCAAAAACAUUUGCUCAAGCUCUGCUCAACUGUGACCCUCCUCUAUUCGCCGUAGACAUGGCGUCUGUGGAGACAAACAUUGUGCGUUUCUAUUUGAAGGAGCCCAGUUUGAGUCCAUCUGAGUUCUGCGCCCUCAUGGUUCAUGUUGGAGAGGGAGAGGAGGCUGCACUGGGACAAGGGGUACAAGUUGCAAUGAAUCCUUUUGUUGGAAACUCAAUCAGGGCUGUGUGGCAUCUCGGGAUCUCCCCUGAAGAUACCCAGCUGGCCAUCCAGAAAAUGCAAUUUGUUGCAUCUCAGUACUCGAGGGAGAAACUCAGGGCCCAGUGAAACCUGGUGUUUGGCAAGGUGUCUCAUCCACGGGAAGAUAUUUUAGGAGGAAGGUGAUGCACAGUAUUAACAAAUGAAUGCUCAUGAAUGUGCGUUUCACUAACAUGACAUUUUAUUUUAUGUAUCUUGUAAUCAAACAAACAAUACAAUAAACACACUAAAAUAAUCCAUGUCAAUAGGAGAUGCAUUAUGUGAUGCUAUCAAUAGCUUCAAGUCAGUUUUGUCUCUUAGUUAUUCAAGUUCAUUUGAAUCUUUAUGUUUUUAGCAAGUAAAGUAAGUAAGUAAACUCUUUUUCGUAGACAUUUUUUAUACCUUUCACAAAAUCAGUAAAAACUCAAUUACCUUUUGGUGCCUUGGUCCUUUUCUCUUUUCAUUGUACAGGCUGCUUUGGACUAUAUUAUCAGAGAAUAUGCUGAUGACACACUGCUUUUUAUUGGCUUUGUACCAAAGUUAACAACUGGUUAGACUGCAGUAAACAAGGGAUUUCACAAAUUUUAUCUGGCCAUGAAUAGAAAUUUUUGUUUUGUUUUUGUUGCACAACUUGGCGGUUUCGACCCCACAUGUUGAAUCUAUUUUCACAUGAAAAAGUAACUUCCGCAGCUUUUUUUCAUCAAAGAAAUAUUUAAAAUGUAUUGCUUUAACUUAACAAACUUAACAUUACAAAUACUGAAAUAGCAAAUCCCAUGAGUUUCUCUCAACUGACACCCUGUGUAUUUUACUUCUUUAUAAGGCUCUCAUUAUAUACAUUUGUAAUUAUUUUCAUGAUCUGUUGGAUCCUCUGCUGCUGGUUUUCAAAAUGCAAACAAUCACACAAUCAGGAAAAUUGGCAGCUCUUUUUUUUUUAAAAACCAUCCACCAAAACCAUGUAAUUCCACACACAAAAUAAGAGAUGUAAGUUAUGUGACCAUUUUAGCUGUGACUAAUAAAGGUUUAUCUGAUCUUA